GUACACGGAGGAUGUAUAAUUACUUUCGGAUUUCCAAUACGUAGAAGUACGUUCUCAGCAGAACUUCAGUCACUCGUUUCCUCGACGCUGUCGAGAGUCCAUUCGUUUAUAUAUCAUAGCAAAAGAUCAAAAGGAACAUAUUCCCGAUAACCUGAGUAGCCUUGUAGGUGAUCGACACCUACAAUGAUACUAGCAGACGAUACCCAGUCCCGGCUACCUUCAUUUCAUUGCCGGGGUCCUUAUGUUUCUCAGAUCCGACAGUUUUUGAAUUUCCUUGGUUGUCUGUUUAUCAUUCCUGUGUACUAUUUUAUCACGGGAUGUACCAAAUUUCCCUUGACACUUGAUCUUAUGAUCAGUAUCUUCGUGGCCGAGUAUAACAGAUGGGCAAAUGAAAACCGAAGAUCGAGGCUGUAUGAGACGCCUCCUUCAACACCCACCGGAGAUGUCGAGAAAGCACUCUUGAGUUUGCCAAAUACUCCUCCUGGCGAGGUGACUAGAUGUAUGGCUGCCAUUGUUGGUUAUCGUGAAGAUCCUGAUCUGUUUUACCGUGCUUUGGAAAGCUAUAAAGCAACAGAUGGCCUCGAAUUCACCUUGGUGGGAGUCGAUGGAGACCAGGCUGCCGACAUGGAUAUGGUUCGUGUCUUUCAGAUGGUCUAUCCAGAGGACUCUGCAGUAAUCCACCUAAAUGAACCGCUAGGUGAGAUUGCCAUGCGAACAUACAACAAACUUGUCGACCCGGAUAUGUCCUCCAAAGAAGACAUCGAAUAUUGUAACGAACUCACCAUCGCACAUUGCUGUCAACUUGCUCGAGAAAUCUUGCGUGAGCACAAUAUCAGAUUUGACAAGACUCAGCCCGGUGGCGGAAUAAGUAAACUUUGCAUCUACGAACCACACAUGCACAAAAAGGCAAUCAUGUUUACCUCGUUCAUUUUCUCAAUUGUUAUCGCCGAAGCUCUUGACAUAGAGUUCAUGUGGUCCUCGGACUCCGACACCAUUGUACUCCCUGAUUCAUUACAAAAGACCAUCGCAACUGUCGCGGGAGAUGAAAAUGCCGGAGGAGCCAGUUCCGGUUUGAUUGUUCAUAACGAGCACGAUACUUUGUGGACCAAACUCGGUAGUGCAGUCUACUGGUGCGAGUUGUACUUGACAAGAUCGACGUCAGCGUCAUCAGGGACGAGUGAUUGCCAGAGCGGUCCGAGUACUGUGUUCAGGAUAUCUGCAUUGCCUGGGAUACUGUACUGCUGGUAUACGCAAAAGGUGAUGGGCAAACGCAUGAUUGUGAACGAGGACCGCCAUCUGACGACCAACCUUCUGCUCCGUGGAUGGACUGUCACCUAUGUUUCGGAUACUUUGACUGCAACUGAUACACCAACUACUUUGAGUCGAUGGCUUCUUCAGCAGGUCCGCUGGGGUCGAGCAACCCAUAUAGAAACCUUUCAACAGCCCAAAGUCUAUCUUUUGAAUCACCCGGUAUUCUUUUGGGCCGCCAUGAAACGAGAAGUUGGUCCUUUAAUCGUGUUCUUUUCAAUUCUUUACUAUCUGAUUACCGGUCAUGCCUUUGUUUACUUUUGCUGGUGGGACCUGUUCUUCCGUGCAGGCUAUACCAUUCUUUACAACUGGCUACGCAAUCCUGAUCGUGGUCCAACCAACGGAUGGGCAUGGAUCGUACCUGCUCUGUUUUUCUACAAUCUACCUCUUCCAGCUAUUCAGGUGUGGAGUAUGGCCACUGUGCUCGAAGGUGGAUGGGGUACUACUAUGCGCUCGAACGGCGAGAUGUCGAAGCAAAACCAAAGCCAGCUAUGGAAACGAUGGCAUGAUCUUGGGUUUUUCGUCUUGUGGAUGGGCGUGCUAGGGGGUACGUCUACAAGAAUCGCCGGAAGUCUACUUGCUUGGAGCGAUGUUAUGAUUUUUAGAUUCAUUUGGGUGGGAUUAUUAUUCCCAUCAGCUGUUACGUUCUACGGAUUAAUCCUGAAGUGAUCGAUCCAGUUGCAUUAAACUAAUAGAUUUAGUUCAUCCUGAUGUCAUUUCACGAUUUAUAGUUACCCAACCAAGAUAAUUUUGAACGUACAAACCAAUCUUAUA